UUUAUGAACGAAAUUAACUCUGUCCCUCUAAAACACUAUUUAAAUAGCUAUCGUAUCGUUGCACCAGCUACAAAAGUAGCAGAAGAAAAAAGCUGAGGAAAAAGUAAAGACUGCCAAGAGAAGAUAAUGGAAGGAACAUCCAAGAAACUUGGUGUGUUCGAUUUCAAAGCUGGCGCUGGUUUAUUGCAAAGCAAAGAGCUUUAUCAGUAUAUCUUGAACACAAGCGUGUAUCCGAAUGAGGCAGAGGUCCUUAAGGAUCUACGGGAAAUUACAGCAAGCCAUCCAGAGGGUAUGAUGAUUUGUGCAGCAGAUGAAGGUCCCGUAAUGUCAUUGCUUCUAAAGCUUGUUAAUGCAAAAAAGACAAUUGAGAUUGGAGUUUUCACAGGAUAUUCACUCCUUGUUACUGCUCUUUCUCUUCCCGAAGAUGGCAAUGUAAUAGCCAUCGAUCCUAACCGAUCAUCUUUCGAGAUAGGAUUACCAUUCUUCAGAAGAGCUGCAGUGGAACAUAAGGUGGAGUUUAUCGAGUCUGUAGGCCUUCCGGUUCUUGAUAAACUACUUGAAGAACCAAAGAACGAGGGAUCUUUUGAUUAUGCAUUUGUCGACGCUGACAAGUCAAAUUAUGCAAAUUAUCAUGAGAGAUUAGUAAAAUUAGUCAAGGUUGGAGGGUUGAUUCUUUAUGACAAUACUCUUUGGUCAGGAACCGUUGCUUGGGAAGAUGAUUCCACACUCGAUGACGAAAUGGUACACGAGAGGAGCGUAUUCUUAGAAUUGAACAAGAAGUUGGCAUCUGAUUCUCGAAUUCAAAUUUCUCAACUUCCUAUUGGUGAUGGUCUCACGAUUUGUAUGCGUCUUUGCUAAAAUACAUUUGGCAUUUAAAUGCCAAUGAUAUGUUAAUUUUGUGCAUGUAUUGUUCUAUUUAAUUAAGACAAUGUUUUUCAUUUAGUUGA